AAACUACCAAACUAUGAAGUUUUUUGAAAAAUUGGAACAAAGCUUCUCUUUUAAUAUCUCUGUUUUAAGAAAAUCCUGAGAUUGUAAGACAGUAAAUAAAUAUAAAUUGUUACCGUUUACAACUACUUAGCAAUAUGUAUAAGAACUUUCGAGGUACCUGGGUGGCUCAGUCGGUUAAGCAUCUGCCUUUGGCUCAGGUCCUGAUCCAAGGGUCCUGGGAUCAAGCCCCACAUCAGGCUCUCUGCUCAGCAGGGAGCCUGCUUCUCCUUCUCCCCCUGCCUGCCACUCCCCCUGCUUGUGCGCACUCUCUUUCUGUGUCAAAUUUAAGUAAAAUCUUUAAAAAAAACAACAAACUUUCCUAAUGCUGUUCAAAACGAAAGUCAGAAAUACAAACAAGGGGCUGGAAAGUAAGAUUAGAUCAGUUUUUUUUUUAAAGCUACUUUUCUUUGAUGUAUGUGUUUGAGUUUUAAAAUUUUGACCCAACCUCCCACCAGCACUACAUUAUCACACAAAUAAAUAUAAAAUCACACACAAAAAAUGCUACUUGUGAAAAAGUAGGGUAUUCUGACUGUGUAUAGCACUGGAACAUAGCCUAACCUUGGGGAUGUGGCUGUCAGAGAAAGUUUUGCAGAGGAAGUGACAUUUAGAUUGAGACCAAAAGAGUGAGUUAAUUUGAAGAAAAACAUUCUACACAGAGGUAAUAAUGUAUACAGAGGUGUUGAAGUGGGGCACCUGGGUGGUACAGUCGGUUAAGCAUCUGACUCUUGGGUUUGGCUCAGGUCAUAUCAGGGUCGUGAGAUCGAGAACCAUGAUGAGCUCUGUGCUCAGCAUGGAGUCUGCUUAAGUCUCUCUCUCUCCCUCUGCCCCUCCCCGCUAUUCUCUCUCUCUCAAAUAAAUAAAUAAAUCUUAAAAAAAAAACAAAAAACAAAAAAAACAAAGGGAGGCUCGAGCUGCUGUGCACCCAAAAGAGGAAUCGGGGCCUGGCGUCCCCUCCUCGCCCCGGGCCGGGCCCUGCCCCACUUUAUUCUUCCUGGUUGAGAUGGGCUCAGCCAAGAGCGCCCCAGUCACUCCGGUGUGGCCUCUGCCACACAACAAGCUUCUGGCCCGAGUGGCGGACCCCCGUUCACCUAGUGCCGGCAUCCUGCGCACUCCCAUCCAGGUGGAGAGCUCUCCACAGCCAAACCUACCAGCAGGGGAGCAGCUGGAGGGUCCCAAUCAGGCCCAAGACUCAGAUCCCCGCUCUCCUACCCUUGGUAUUGCGUGGACACCUAUGAAGACCAGCAGCGGAGAACCCCCAAGCCCACCGGUGAAACAGCUGAGUGAAGUAUUUGAGACCAAAGCCCCCAAAUCGAAUCUGCCCCCAGAGCCUGUUCUGCCCUUAGAGGCAACUUCAUCUUCUGAAUUGGACUUGCCUCUGGGCACCCAGUUUUCCCUUGAGGACCAGAUGCCACCCUGGAGCCGGACUGAGCUCCCCUCCAAGCAGGUGUUCUCCAAGGAGGAAGCAGGACAACCCUCAGAAGCCCCCAUAGCCAGCCAGGGCUCGGACAAGCCCUUGAGAGACCCUGAGACUUCCCGAUCUUCAGGUUCUAAGCACAAUAUACAGAAAGCAAAUGGCAAGGUACUACUAGGGAGAUCUCCCCUCACAAUCCUACAGGAUGACAACUCCCCUGGAACCCUGACACCACGACAGGGUAAGCGGCCUUCUCCCCUGAGUGACAAUGCUAAGGAGCUAAAGGAAGGGGCCAUUCUGGGAACUGGAUGACUUCUGAAAACUGGAGGCCGAGUGUGGGAGCAGGGCCAGGACCAGGACCAGGAAAAUCAGCACUUUCCAAACUUGGUGGAGAACUAGGCCGAGUAUGGCCCCAGCACUGGCUUCACCGGGGGCCUAGUGAUGUUGCAUCCCCUCAACCCCAUCUUUCCCUGGGAGACUGGAAAGGCUUGUUGUCUUCAACCCCCCCUUAAACUCCCAGCUCGGGGACUGAACGCUUUCUUGGGCUCUCUGUGUCUUAUGUGUUUCUUGUAUAUUAAAGAAAGUGGUUUUUAAAAAACAAAACAAACAAACAAAAAAACCCAAAGGUGUUGAAGUGGAAAGAGCUUGCACAUGAGGAAGUGAAACAAGCAGUACAGCGUGGUGGUGAAGAGUCCAGGUUCCAAAGUAAAAUGGCCUGGAUUUGAAUCCCAGCUAUACCCUCCACUUGCUAUGUGACCUUGGAUAAUUUACAUAACCUCUCUGGACCUUGGUUUCCUCAUUUAUUCCUACCAUGUAGGAUGUUUGCGAGGAGAGUAAUUGUUCAAUAAAUAUUAGUUUAUUAUUAUAAUAACUGGUUAAACUAGAAUGGUGCUACAGGUAUUGGAGAGGUAGGCAGGGCCAUAAUAUCAUGGAGGCUUCUAGGCUCUAUUAUGUGCCUCUGAAACAAAUAAUACAUUAUAUGUUUAAAAAAAAAAAGAAGACGACAGC